ACAGUGGUCAAUCAAUUCUGGGUCGCUUUAGGAAGCUGCCAUGCAAUUUCCUUCCUCCAAAUCACGUUUUACUUAUUAAUAUUUCAUUUUCUUUACAUUUUCCCAAACAAAUAUAGCUUUCAUCGCUUUUACCUGUAUUUAAGCUCUUCAAUCUUCGUUAACUUCCUUUUGAAACUAUGGCGACCACUAAAGUUUCCAAAGCUUCCAAAUGGUUCUCAAACAAGACUCUUAGGUUAAGCCUUCACCGCCGUCGAUCCAAGUCUUCUAGCUCCUCCACCUUCACCUCUCCUGCUUCAUCACCUUCCUCUCCUUGUGAAAGACCCAAAAGGCCUCACCAAGUGGACGAGAUGAAACAAGUGUUUCGCUAUUUCGAUGGCGAUGAUGAUGGGAAAAUCUCGGCUCUCGAACUUAGGGCAUGCUUCGGCUCCAUCGGAGAGUACAUGUCACAUGAAGAUGCUCAAAUGGUGAUCAACGAACUAGAUUCCGACGGGGAUAGCAUGUUGGACUAUGAAGAUUUCUUGAAGCUAAUGAAAAUAGAAAAGCGGGAUGAUGAUGAUGAUCUGAAGAAAGCGUUCGAGAUGUUCGAGUUGGAGAAAGGUUCGGGUUGCAUAACUCCCAGAGGGUUGCAAAAGAUGUUGAAUCGCCUUGGGGAUGCAAAGUCUUAUGAUGAAUGUGUCGCCAUGAUUCAGGUUUAUGAUAUCGAUGGUAAUGGGGUGCUUGAUUUUCAUGAGUUCCACCAAAUGAUGGCUUAAUUUGAUAGGACACUCGUACCUUUAAUUUGGGCUUAAGCAAAUAUCAAUAUUAAGUGUCUCACCAACUUAGUUAUUAUUAACAGCUAUGAAUGUACCAAGUACUUAAUUUAGUGGCAAAAAUACUAAGUUGCCAAGCAUGAGGUUCAAUUCUAAAAAAUUUCGUCUAUUAUUUGAAAAAAAUGUCGAAUUUAUAAAAGUAAAUUGUAAUGAUGAGUAUAUUCUAAAUAACCAACAAAAAUUAUUAAACUUGAUCUCAUGAUUAACUCUAAUAUUACAAU